AUGAUGAGCGCGGCAUCUUUUAUGAUGCCUCUGGGCGAGCGUCCACCGCAAUACCGAACUCCGUCGCCUCCGCGACGCGCCGUUGAGCCCAUCACACCGUCGACCGCUGAUUUUCGAACAUCCUGGGCCGAGCGCAGUUUCGCUCGGGCUGCUAGCCUUGAUCGUGAUCAACGUCCGUCAAACCAUGCCCGGAUUCCCCCCGCGGAUGCUGGAUCACAUCACCGGUCGGGUCAUGGCCGGUCAAAUUCGACUAUCGACACGCUUGCGACGAUUGCCCUCGCAACAAGCCCUACCUUUGCGCCCCUCCCACCUCGCCCAUCCUCCCCCAAUUCUCGAUCCGCUGUCCCCUUAUUUCCUCCCGAGCCUCAAAAUGCCGAACGACCUGCGAAACGGCCCCGAUCAGAGCGGGAUCCAUCACCAUACCGUUCUUCCUCCUCUUCCUCUCGAGCGAUGCCACCGACCAACAAUCCUCAGCCGUCGAUUUUGGAUAGCAUGAAAACGGAUGCAGAGCUCUUGCUCAACUUUGCCCGACCCACGAACUUCCAGCCUAGCGGCCUCCACACGAAAAGAGUCAGCAUCGAUGAAACCUAUCACCACCACAACAAUCUCUACGGAGGUGACUCGAUUCGACACAAUCGAGUCGGUUUUCCCUAUCUCGAGCACGGUGGCCCCUCCGAGGAUACAAAGGUUGCAUAUCACCCCACGGAGGAUCACAUUCCGCAGUCACGUAUGAGGUCGCGUUCCGAUGGAUCGGCAUUUAUGUCGCGCCCGAUUAUUCGUGGCGUGCGGCCCACCACGAGCGCCGGUACGCUCCCUUCCAUCGUUUGGGAAGAAGACAAUGAGGACGGCACUUCAACGACGGAGGUGUCCCGUUACGCCGGGUACGCGGAGUACAAAUCCUUCAGCCCUCAGCAGGAGCCCCAUAGUCCCCAUCAAACAAUGGACGUGACACCCAAGGUUGAAGAAGAGGACGACCCGAGUGAUACGAACCAGGCAAGCUGUGCUGCUUGUCACAUGGUGCGGAUACCAAUGGAACCGGAAGAACAGCAAGAAGAAGAUACGUGGAUUGGCUGCGAUGGGUGCAAGCGCUGGUUCCAUAUCGUCUGUGCCGGGUUCAAGAACGAUCGAGAAGUCCGCACCGUUGAUAAGUUUAUUUGUCGCAACUGCCGAUCCAUCCAUGGCCAAACGACUUUCGUACGCAAAUCCUCCCGGGCUCGGACCGCAAUCGACUAUGCUGGUCUCAACCAAGGCGUGGUGAAAGCGGCUUCGGAUACGAUGGAGCACCAUUACCUGGAGCCUAUCCGUCAAGGCAAAAUUCGAUUCCUGCCCGAGAACUUCCCUAGGAUGAAGCCGGAGUUGGUCACGGCCGAAUACUUCGAACGGGGAAAUGGGUGGACGGAACCAGUCGUGAUACCUGCUGCUUGGAAUACUCGGGAACCUGUUCCGGAGGUGGACGAGGACUUUGAGUCUCUUGUACAAGAGGCCUCCACUCAGGAAAUGUUCGACGAUUUGCUUGAGAACCUCGACGAACAUGCGACGCGUCUUCGGGAAACAAUUGACUGUGGACAGGAUCAGUUGGAUAUGGUUAUUCCGCAGGGGCUGACCGUUCGUGCCGUGGCUGAACUAUAUGGUCCCGAAGAACGAGUUGAAGUAAUCGAUGUCAAAUCACAACAAGGAGAGGACAAGAGGUGGAACAUGCAGAAGUGGGCCGAUUACUACGAGAGCAACGAGCCUGACAAGCCAGUGCGGAAUGUCAUCAGUCUCGAGGUCUCACAAAGCAAACUAGGCAGACUCAUCAAGCGACCCAAGGUCGUGCGCGACCUCGACCUUCAGGACGCAGUUUGGCCCGAGGAGCUCAAGGCCAUUGGCGAUUACCCCAAGGUUCAGUUCUAUUGCCUGAUGUCCGUUGCCGACUGUUAUACCGAUUUCCACAUCGACUUUGGUGGCUCUUCGGUGUACUACCACAUCCUCAAGGGGAAGAAGACAUUCUUUUUCAUCCCUCCAAAAGACAAGCAUCUCAAGAAGUAUGAGGAGUGGUGCAACUCCCCUGCGCAGGAUUCAAUUUUCCUUGGGAACCAGACAAAGGAAUGCUAUCGCGUGGAUCUGUCAGAGGGAGAUACUAUGUUGAUCCCUUCGGGCUGGAUCCAUGCCGUCUGGACCCCGGAGAACAGUCUGGUGAUUGGUGGCAAUUUCUUGACCAGACUCAACUAUGGCAUGCAAAUAAAGGUGCUCAACAUUGAGAAGGACACCAAAGUGCCCAAGAAGUUCCGCUAUCCUUUUUUCCAAAAGAUUCAAUGGUAUACGGCUUUGCGUUAUUUGGAGGAUGAUCCCAUUCCCGAGAAGGUCAUGGAUGCAUUCGCACAGGACGACAGCUAUCGAUUCCACCGGCAUUACCCUAUUUACUAUGAGUUUGGGGAACUUGCCAAUCAAGAGCCUGCGGGAUCACCAUACUUCAACGCUCGAUUCUACUCUCAAGCUGAGCUGGAGGGACUGCCUGAAUUGACUAAGUAUCUCUUGAGGACAGCACUCAUCGCCAGCUCGUAUAAUGUGGAGGGCGUCACCGUGGAUACUCGCAAUGCGGUCCGACGGUCCAUCCCGAAAGGCGUUGGUGAUCCCGUGGACAUGAUCAGGAAGUUUGGCAUUUGGGUUGCUUGGAAGCGCGGCAACGAGAAGGCACCACAAUGGACUCACCCGGGUGUCAUUGAAUCGAAUCCCAAGGUUUCUCUUAAUGAGAAGAAGUCUGCUGGGCGUCCGAGCCGACGGUCCGAACGUAAUGUCGACAGCCAGCGCACAUAUGCAGAAAGACAAGCAGUACAGCGCCCAUCGGAUGAAGCUGUUACCCCACCUGCUCCUGCAGUCAACAACAACCCACCCGUUUACCCGCCAACCGAGAGUGCCACACCGGUACCGGCCGCUUUCCUUCCUGAGUUUGUCGCUCGAGAGUCGACAUCCGCGUCGAAGCCACGACCUGCUCCGCGCGGAUCUGGCUUGGGGCCCAAGCGCGUGGCUUGUGAUGCAUGUCGCCGACGCCGUAUUCGUUGCCGCCACAAGGACGAGCCGAAUGACUUGGGCAUGCUGGGUGGACAGUUGGGCAUGAAUGGCUUUGGUCCUGCGUCAGGGCUAAGCACUCCCUCAUCUCUCGCGCAGGACGCCGUUUCUGCAUUGAACUCAUUGGCAGCGAUUGCUUCUCAGGCUGGGUUCCAGAGCAACGGUGUGGUUGGCUUUGACCGAUUCGAUGGCUCGGGCAAGUUCCACUCGGCAGUCAUGGGUACGUCAACGGCUGCUGCCAAUCGCCUCAGCGACUUGAGCCCCGAUGGGGUCAACGGUGGGAAGAAGGGACGAAGCAAGGCCUGUGACGAUUGUCGGAAGAGCAAGCGCCGUUGCAUUCAUGACGAGUACGGUAGAGUCGAUCCAAUCAAGGCCCAAGAACGCUCCAAGCCUCGUGGAACGGCCUCUUCCAAGCGACCUCGACCCAACGAGGACGAAGCUGCUCCUGCGCCAGCCAAGAAGACCAAGCAAGAGAGCACAUCCCCAAUCACGCAUCCUAUGAAUUUCGAGGGGUACGCCGCUGCAGCAGUCGCCUCGCAUGAUGUAUCUGGUGCUAGUGUUGCCGCAUACGAUGCUGUUGACCACCUCGAACCCCAGCCAAGCAAAGUGACUGAGGUGGUGACCGUCGGCCAAGCAUUGUAUGCAUCGCCUCCAGUUCUCCACGUCGAUUCGGUAGACCUCAAGGAUGCAAAUUCCUUGUCCGUCUCUUCCAAACCGACCACGUCCUUGGUGUCACCACCCACGUCGCUGGCCGACGAAAUGGACGUGGUACAGGAUGGCGAACCGCUCGCAUCCGUGGAGGGCGAGGCAACUACUGCCCUUCACACACCAAAUUCCAGCUCCCGCCAUUCAUCCCGUCAACCUCGAUAUGUCGAGCGUUUCAUGCCAGAAGCUACCGCCCCUCGCCCUUCGAAACCUGCCUUGUCGUCAACCGCUCGCCGGACUACUCCCGGCCCCUCAUCUUCGGCUAGGAAACCGUCCUCCCGCCCUUCCUCAUCCCAUGCCAAGAAGAGCUCUCCAAUGGUCGAGAAACGCUUUGAACGGCAUGCCACCACUUCCUUAUCUCCCCACCAAUCCAAACAUGCCAAGCAUCGCAUUGAAGAUGACGCCGAUGCCGAGAGUCUCCGUUUGAUUCGCGAGCUUCAAGAAGAGGAGUUCGGUCUAAGGCGAAGACGUGGCUGA